AUGUUCGGUUUCACGGCUCGCGAGGCAUUCGCGAGCCCUUGGGUGCUCGCAAUAAUGGCGCUGCUCCUCCGGUCGUCGCGCGCGGAGCGGGUCGUGCGCGCGGGACUUGCGGCAGGAUUCCGACGAGCUUGCAGUCCCGCGCUCGGGAGUUUCGCCGUUCGAGAUGCCGGUGAAAUCCACGGCAGGAGCGACGCUGCUGACGUAGCGAGGGCGCGUGGUGACGUGGCAGGAAGGCGGAGUUACAGCAGCAGCAGCAGCAUGGCGAGCCUGCUGUCUCCUCGAGCACCUCCGCUCACUCUAGAUACAAUCAACCCGCUGGUGCGCGAGUGCGAAUACGCAGUGCGGGGCGAGAUUGUCGCAAGAGCGCUCAUGCUCGAGUCUCAGCUGGCAGCAAAGCCGGGCACACUGCCCUUUGAUGAGAUCAUCUACUGCAACAUUGGCAACCCCCAAGCUCUCGGGCAGCCACCCAUCACCUUUUACAGAGAGGUGCUCGCUGUCUGCGAACACCCUUCCCUGCUGCACGUCAAGAAGCCAGACGGCUCGUCUCCUUUCAGUGCCACGGCGAGGCAGCGGGCACAGCAGAUGCUGGGCGCCAUUCCGUGUGCUGCCACGGGCGCGUACAGCCACAGCCAGGGGCUGCCACUGUGCCGGCAGGUGGUGGCAGAGGGCAUUGCGCGGAGAGAUGGCCAUGCUGCGUCAGCGGAUGAUAUCUUCCUCACUGACGGCGCCAGCCCUGCUGUGCAAAUGAUCCUCAAGCUUCUCGUGCGCAGCAAGGCGGACGGCGUGCUCUGUCCCAUACCGCAGUACCCUUUAUACUCAGCCUCGCUAGCACUCAACGGAGGCACUCUAGUGCCUUACUAUCUUGACGAGAAUUCACGCUGGAGGCUCGACCCUGCCCAUCUGCAAAAGGCAGUGGAGAAGGCAGGGGAGGAGGGCGUGUGUGUGAGGGCCCUUUGCGUGAUCAACCCGGGGAAUCCAACUGGGCAGGUGCUAGAGGAGACGGAUCAGCAGGCAAUUGUGCGCUUCUGUGUGGAGAAGGGUCUGGUGCUGAUCGCAGAUGAGGUGUACCAGGAGAACGUGUAUGCACCCGACCGCAAGUUCCUGUCCUUCAAGAAGGUCGCCAGGGACAUGGGCGUUGGUGCUUCUGACCUUGCGCUAAUCUCCUGCCACUCCUCCUCCAAAGGCUUUUACGGCGAGUGUGGAAGACGAGGAGGCUACAUGGAGGUUACAGGUCUGCCCUUGGAGGUGCGCGAGGCCAUGUACAAGAUGGCAUCAGUGAACCUCUGCUCCAACGUACCGGGGCAGAUACUCAUGUCUCUCAUUGCCUCGCCGCCGCAGGAGGGAGACGAUGCCUUUCCUGUCUUUGCUGCAGAGAGGGAUGCCAUUCUCUCCUCGCUCGCCCGUCGAGCCAAGCUGCUGGUUGAUGUGCUCAACUCACUACCAGGCAUCACCUGCAACCCCUCUGAAGGCGCCAUGUACGCCUUCCCCAGGCUGCACCUCCCCCCCCGGGCAGUGGAAGCAGCAGCUGCUGUGGGUAUGCUAGCAGACACUUUCUAUGCCCGCCGGUUACUUGACGCCACAGGAAUUGUCGUGGUCCCGGGAUCGGGAUUCGGACAGGAGCCUGGGACGUGGCACGUGCGGUUCACAAUCUUGCCAAGUGAAGAUAAGAUCUCGGGAAUGAUGGAGCGGUUUGCCGAGUUCCAUGAUAGAUUUAUGCGGGAGGCGACGAGAAGGAUGGGUCAGAAGAACGUAGUAGCGUUACCCCUCGCUACGAGUUCUUCAGAGAACGAGCGGAUGCGAAAGUUAGCCACACGUUCUGCCUCGUCGGACGAGUGGAGUUUCACGCGACCAGACGAGGCUGACAGGUCGAAGGAAUUCGCGGCAAGACUCGAGCAAGCCUGGAGCAUAAGAAAGAACCAGGGUCCUGUCGCGUGCGAAGAGUGCAUGGCGCAGGGAUGUAUUGAGUGCAAGUGGUGUCGUGGAACCGGCUACUUCAUUGUGGGAGACAGUCUGCUAUGCUCGGUAUCCUCAAGGAGCAAUACUUGCGUAAUUUGCGGGGGGAAGGGUACUGUCCGUUGCCUUGACUGUGCUGGUACUGGUUUCAGAGCACGGCUGUCCGACUGUGGUGAAGUCCUGUUUAGUGUGUCGUGUCGUAUGGAGCGAUAUGAGAUCCUCAAAGAUAUUGGGUCGGGAAAUUUCGGGAUUGCGAAGUUGAUGCGAGAUAAGAGAACUAAGGAGAUGGUGGCGGUGAAGUUCAUUGAGCGUGGCGACAAGAUCGACGAGAAUGUUCAGCGUGAAAUCAUUAACCAUCGCUCUCUUAGGCAUCCUAACAUCAUCCGAUUCCGUGAGGUUUGCCUCACUCCUCAGCAUUUGGCCAUCAUUAUGGAAUAUGCGGCCGGUGGUGAGCUAUUCGAGCGAAUCUGCAACGCUGGUCGUUUCAGCGAAGACGAGGCUCGUUUUUUCUUUCAACAACUGGUCGCUGGCAUUAGCUACUGUCACUCCAUGCAAAUUUGCCAUCGCGAUCUGAAGCUUGAAAACACUCUUCUGGAUGGAAGUCCUGCACCCCGUCUGAAGAUUUGCGAUUUCGGUUACUCAAAGUCCUCCCUGCUUCAUUCACAACCGAAAUCCACCGUGGGCACUCCAGCCUACAUUGCACCUGAAGUUCUCUCUAAGAAGGAGUACGAUGGAAAGACUGCUGACGUCUGGUCUUGUGGAGUCACACUAUACGUCAUGCUUGUAGGGGCUUAUCCAUUUGAGGACCCUGAUGACCCACGAAACUUCAGGAAAACCAUCGGUCGCAUUAUGAGUGUCCAGUAUCACGUUCCACCAUAUGUGCGCCUCUCUCCGGAAUGCAAGCAUCUUCUGUCAAGAAUCUUCACAGCAAACCCCACAAAGCGCAUCACAAUGCCGGAAAUCAAGAGGCACCCUUGGUUCUUGCGGAACCUGCCAGCAGAUCUGAUGCAUGAAAAUGACCCCGGUUACCAGUACGAUGAUCCUAACCACCCGCCUCAAAGCAUCGAAGAGAUCAUGAGGAUAUUGCAGGAAGCCCGGGUUCCAGGCAUUGCUCAGCCUUCCGGCGAUGGUUACCUCAACGAUGACAGGGAUGACGAGAGAGAUGAUGAGGACAUGGACAAUGACAUGGAUGACUUCGAGGGCAGUGGAGAGUUUGUCAAUGCUCUUUAA